UGUCCCAUUGGAAACACUUCCUUUCACUUCCUGUCUCCUGAUCACCACAGGAAGUGAAAGGAAAUCUCUCCAAGUGAAGAAUUCCCUGGUUGUCACUAGGGUUACCAGAACCAGUGUUCCCAUUGAGAGAUUUCCUGUUCUGGUGACAAACCCAAAUUUGUAAAAAAAAUUGGUGCAACCAGGGGAGGACUGACAACUCAUGGGGCCCCCGGGCAAUAGGGGAUCAUGGGGCCCCUAUAUCCUUGCCCAAACUCAAAAAAAAACCUAUGAAAAAGGUACCAGGGGCAUUUCAUGGGGCCCCCUACUGACCCCAGGCCCUCGGGCAGUGCCUGAGUUUCCAAAUGGUCAGUCCGCCUCUGGGUGCAACCUAUGUACA